AUGGCCGCGUAUCCCUCCGACGACGACUAUGCCCACCUGCAGAAGCUGUCGAGCGAGUACGAGCCCGAAGCCACUGGCCCACUGGUGGGCGAACGCCAAAGCAGCGCGGCCAUCACGACGCAAUAUGCCACCGCAGAUCCCGUCUUCCAGGUCAAGACCGCUGCGUUGCCCGCCAAAUAUGCCUACUUCCGCACCUGCCGUGGCGAUGGCCACUGUGGAUGGCGGGCAAUCGCCUUCACCUAUCUUGAGGCCCUGCUGCAUGUGGGCGACGUGAGCAAGCUGGACCAUGAAAAAGGCCGCCUCAACUCGCUGGGCAACUUGCUCUCAAAUAUCGGCUACUCGCGCGAUAUCUGGAUUGACUUUGCCGAAGAGGCGUUCGAGCUCAUGACCAGGCUUGCCGAAUCGCUGCGCGCCAUGAAUGGCCAAGCCGAUAGCAUUCUCCUGCGUACUUUCAACGACCCGGGCGAGUCUAUGGCAAUCAUCACCUACGUCAAGCUCCUAGCCAGUGCAUGGGUGCAGACGCACGCAGAUGAUUUUAUGCACUUUGUAGACAACGGCGACGUCAAAACAUACUGCUCCAACUUCAUCGAACCCACUCAGUGUGAAGCCGACAACGUUGGCAUUGCCGCCCUUGCCGAAGCGCUGAUCAAGCCUGCUGGGUUUGGUCUCGAAGUAUGGUAUCUGGACCGCUCACCAGGCGAAGAGAUCAACCGCAGCUUCUACUCAGAACCGACAGACGCCCAUCAUCGCCCCAUCCCCGGUGCGCCCAUGUUACGACUGCUUUAUAGGCCUGGCCACUACGACAUCCUAUACAAGGCUGGAGACAUACCACAAGUCCAGCACCAGCCUGUUCCCCAACAGCAACCACUUCAUGUUGCCCUAGCCAACUACACUGACGAAUUCAUACCGACCGCUACCAACGUCGGCGACGUCAUGAACAUGAUCCCGGGAAUGUACCCCUCUGGUGUCGGUCUAGGCCAGCGAUGGCCUUCACUUUCGUACGACUUCAGCCCCAGUCCCACUUCUCAUCCUCAGGUUACGCCUGUCCAGCCAUACGCCCCGACACCGACGCCUGUAACGCCGGUUAGCACUUCCCACUUGGACUUUGUUACACCACUCCAUUCUAGCAACGCAAGCCAGUACAACCCGCCGAGUCAUCACAGCAUACAUCUCGACCAACCUCCUGUGACACUCCCCAUACACCCCCCACCGCCACCCGUGAGCAUCGACCGAGCAGCUCCCAUGGGUGUUGAGAGAGGCGGCCCUUUCCGGCCUUCAAUGUACGAGUUGGAACCAGGUUUUGGCUCUUCGAUGCAAGUCCAGCCGUUUCAAACGUCCAUCUUUCGCAAUUCUCACUUCAACACUGCGCAUUUCAUGAAUCCCGACUUUGAACCCGAGCAAUGGUGUCCGGACGGCGAGUACUCCAUAGGGAACAAAGGCCGCCACAAGUCACACUCAUCUUGA